ACUUGCUGCCUUACUGACAGGAUGAAGGUGAAGAUGAUGAUCUUACUUUUUCAAAUCUUAUCAAUUUUAACCCUCAAUUCAUGUUCAGCUCAGAUUCCACCUUACCCAUAUGUGGAAGAGAAUGUGGCUUUACGCGGCAAGGCCAGUCAAUCGGACCUUCAUCUGGGGGAAUGGACAGCUUACAGCCAUGCAAGCAAUGCGAUUGAUGGAAACCGAAAUUCCAAUAUGUCCCUCGGAUCCUGUACCCACACCACAAACAAACCUAACCCAUGGUGGCGCGUGGAUCUGCUGCAGACGUACUUAAUCGCUUCUGUCACCAUCACCAACAGAGGAGACUGCUGUGGAGAAAGGAUCAAUAAAGCGAGGAUCCUAAUCGGCAGCUCCAUCCAUGCUGCACAGUGCAGCAUGAUUGACGGCUUGUCAACUGGGGAGACUAAAACCUUUCACUGUCCGCAGCCAAUGAUCGGACGCUACGUGACGGUGAUCCUUCGGAAAAAAGAAUACCUGCACAUCUGUGAAGUGGAAGUGAACGCUUUGCUUCCUGCUCCUUCCUAAUGUUUCUAAUACCACAUUUAAAACUGGUCCUCCCUUUAUAGUCAGAUACUGCAUGUAAGAAAUGGGGGUAAUGACGUCAACAAUACUAUUUUGGGAUUUUGGGAUCAUACUGUAAAGAGUAUACGUAUUUCCAGGUUUUCAUAUACACAAAACCUGCUGAAGUUUUACUUGAGUUCUUUCUGCAAGUUGAUUUAAAAAUGUUAUUUUAUUCAUAGCGCAUCAAAUAAACAUCUCAUUUUAGGC